GCGGAAUAUACGACAUAUAAAGUAUUCUUCUCGCGAGAAUAUAUGGAAGGGGGCUGCUGCUGCUGCUGCUGCUGCUGCUGGACAACGGUACCGUCACACACACCGCGGGAUUAUUAUAUACAAUCGCGCAUCUUCUUGGGCAAACGGUAAAGUGCGCGCGUGACGAAAGGGGCCUCACACGGGCCUUAAAAACCUUGAGUGGGGGGGAGCUGCGCUGGUCCGUGUCUUGCGCGCGCUUGCGGUCAUUAGUCGCCGAAUCGACGUCGACUUGCGCGUUUGCUUGCGCUGCUUUUCUCUGGGGUCGUUUAUAUUUACUGGGCCGUAUACAGCCAGUGGAGUGAGUUCAGAAGAUUUUCGAGGGUGCUGGGAGUGAUUGAGAUUAUUUGAGUCGAAGGAAGACCUGAAGAAGGCAGCUAUGAGUUUUGGAAGGGCUAUGGCGUCGAGUCUCCUCGUGUUGGGCCUUGUGAGCCUUAUGACGGUCGAGUCGAGGGGCCCGAUUCAGGAUGCGAUCAAUAGCGGCGCCGCCGAUGCUUAUGAUAAGGACAAUUGCACCUGGAGACGGGGAAACGAUCGUGAUUCUUGCCCGGAUCCCGAUGUGCAUCUCUAUCUGUACACGCCGGGUAAUCCCAAGAGGAGGCUUGAUCCGAACCAUGUGUCCGACUGGCUUAGGCAGGAUUACGAGCCGACCAAGGAGAAUAUUAUUCUUAUUCACGGAUAUGCCGGUGGCGAAGACGCUCUUCCCAUGGCAGUCCUCCGAGACGCCUACAUCCGCAACGGUAGCUACAACGUCUUCCUCGUGGACUGGGGCGCGUUAUGCGCAGCUCCUUGCUAUCCAGCGGCCGUCUCGAACAUGCGUCCGGUCGCCCGCUGUUUGGCUAACUCGUUAACUGCUCUACGUAAUCACGGUCUACCGAUCGGUAGGACGAGCUGCGUUGGUCACUCGCUCGGAGCCCAUGUCUGCGGUAUCAUGGCCAACUACCUGCUCUUCCGGAUGAGCAGAAUCGUUGCCCUGGAUCCAGCGAGGCCUCUCAUCAGGCCCGGCCUGGUCAAUAGGCUCGACAGCGGCGAUGCAGACUUCGUCGAGGUCAUACACACGAACGCCGGCUAUUACGGUGAACUUGGAAAAGUUGGCCACGUAGACUUCUGCGUGAACGGCGGAAAGUCACAACCCUUCUGCGAGAAUCGCCCAAACCACGAGCUCUGCAGUCACGUCUGGGCAGUUUGCUAUAUGGCCCAGAGCGUCGACGGCGUUCAUGAUAUGAUUGCCGAGCCCUGUUCCAGGCGAUGUCCUUCUGGUCCCAGAAUAGCACCGAGAUCAGGAGAAGUUCUAUUGAUGGGACAACAUACGCCCAGCGGUUCAAAAGGGUCGUUCUGUUUGACGAGCUACGAUCCGCCCUACUGUCCAAAAUUCUACAAUGGACGUGGCGAUGACAGAUGUUGUAUCUAAGAUAGUAGACGUUGAUUUUCGUAGAGGAGGAACAUGUAUCUCUGGGAUUUCCCCGCGAUAAGUAAAUAUGCAUUGAUCUUGGGAAAACUUUACUGAUUGUAGAGUCGAAGGAGGAGUGUACAGUUAAUUUAAGAGCGAUGUUUAUGUUAAGGUUGAAAUAAACAAAGAAAUUAGUUUUAAGAAUGAAAAUGAAA